UUUUUUAUUAUUCAUUGCGUUCCACUUCUGAAGACGGGAGCUCUUCUUCUCUAGUAGAAAUGCUCCCCCCUAGCGGCGAUCAGUGAGAACGCCAAAAUGUGAUGACGUUUCACUCACGACACAGGCCGCUGGCGACAGCCACGCGCCAGCAGCAACAAGAUAAUUCAGUCGGUGUUAUGUUAUGAAUUAGUAAUUACCGAGUUUAAUAAAAAAAAACAAACAUAUUUGGCCGAAGAAGACAGAGCGGAGACAGAGACACGUAGAGGCGGAAGACGGCGCUGAGAGCAGAGGCUUUUCCUGCUUGUGAUUAACGGACGGCUGUGAGUGGGAGUGCGUCCGGAGCACAGGAGCUCUGCCAUGUAGCUGCGGCUGGAGAAUGAGCGGCCAGGUCACUCCAGCAGAUGGGACAGACGACUACACGGUGCAGCAGGAGAACGAACUCGAAGCCCUCGCCUCUAUCUUCGUAGAUGACUUCCAGGAUCUACGGAACAAGGACCCGUGGAAGGUUAAAAGACCUCCAGAGGUGUACCUGUGUCUGAGGCCCAACGGGCUCAACAACGGUCAAGAAUGCUACGUGACUGUGGACCUGCAUGUCAAAUGUCCUCCCACCUACCCAGACGCGCCUCCAGAGCUGGAGCUAGUGAAUCCCAAAGGCCUCUCCAAUGAAAACCUCCAGAACCUCAAGAGUGAAGUCGGCCAACUGGCAGCGCAGCGGUGCGGUGAGGUGAUGAUUUACGAGCUGGCCGACUACAUCCAGGGUUUCCUGAGUGAACACAACAAGCCUCCUCCACGCUCCUUCCACGAGGAGAUGCUGAAGAACCAAAGGAAGCUACAGGAGAAACAAGCUCUGGAGGAGCAGCGGAAGAUUGACCAGCAACGCAAACAGGAGGAGGAGAUGGAGAAAGAGAUUAUGGCUGUGAUCCAGAAAAGAGAGGAAGAGAAACGAGAGGAGAAGAGACGGAAGGAAAUGGCCAAGCAGGAGCGACUGGAGACCAUGGAGCAGCCACUCUCAGCCAACCCUUCUCUGUUGGGGAAGAGUCCCCCCAGCCCAAAGGCCGGUCCACCUGACAUCAUUGAAGCUAAAAAAGCAGUUGCUAACCGUCGUCGCACUACCUCAAGUACACGCCACAGACGUGACACGGUUAAUGAAGAGAACAGUCGAUCUCAGGAGGUCCUUCAUUUUAACAGCACCGCUUACGGAGAGCUGUUCGUCCACAAAGGAAAAUGUUUAGGGGUGAGUGAGAGAGUCAGUCGUACCGUUUACUAUGGGUUCGAGGCCAACUCGGGAGACUUUGUGGUGAUCUACGAGUGGUCGCUGUGUUGGAACAAGAAGAUGGGCAAGUUCUUCACCAGCCAAGAAAAAGCCAAGAUUGACAACUGUAAGAAACAGAUCCACGGGGCGGAAAACGAGCUGAACUCUCUGGUACGGCUGGAUCACCCAAACCUGGUGCGUUACAUGGCGCUGAGCUCCACCGAGAGGGAGGACUGCCUCAUGAUCCACCUGCUGGUGGAGCACGUCCCUGGGGUCAACCUGAACCAAAGUCUGAUCAACAACACGUCCGUCCCCCUGGAUAAACUCCGUCAUUACACCGCUCAGCUGCUGGCGGCACUCGACUACCUUCACUCCAACUCCGUGGUCCAUAAGGAAUUCGGGGUCUCCAGUGUUCUGUUGGACGCCGAGGGCAACGUUCGAUUGACGGAUUACAGCCUGUCCAAGAGAUUUGCAGACAUCUGCAAAGAAGACAUUUUUGAGCAAGCCCACGUGCGGUUCUCCGAGGUGACGACGAUGCCGACAAAGACUGGCAAGAAGGGGGACGUGUGGAACCUGGGGCUGAUGCUGCUCGCCCUGAGUCAAGGGAAAGAAGUGAAGGAAUACCCAGUGACGGUGCCUGGAACCCUGCCUGCUGACUUCCAGGACUUCCUCAACAAGUGUGUGUGCAUCAAUGACUCCGAGCGCUGGACACCCCAGCAGCUGUUGGAUCACUCCUUCCUCAAACCUCCAUCACCCAGAAACCUGCCUCAGUACCAAGAUGCCAGCCCAGAAGAUCUGGCUGAGGACUUUGCGUCCUCUGUCCUCCCACAGAGUCACAUCCUCAACGCUCCAUUCAGCACCGGUGUUCAAAGGCAGUUUUCUCGUUACUUUAACGAGUUCGAGGAACUUCAGCUUCUUGGAAAGGGAGCCUUUGGUGCAGUGAUUAAGGUUCAGAAUAAACUAGACGGUUGUUACUACGCUGUGAAACGCAUCCAGGUCAACCCUGCAAGCAAACAGUUCAGGCGGAUUAAAGGCGAGGUGACGUUGCUGUCGCGCCUCAACCACGAGAACAUUGUCCGCUACUACAAUGCAUGGAUCGAGCGCCACGAGACGCCCUCUGCUGCGGUGCUGAGCAACUCCGACAGCUCGGAGCCCCUAACCUCACCCGACAAUCUCCCCCUGGGCAGAGAGCCGCCGAAGCGCCUCAAUGAACUCGGCCUCCCCGAUAACGUGGAGGACGUUGCUCCGCCUCCAGCACUGUCCAGCUCGGUGGAGUGGUCGACUUCCAUAGAGAAGUCCUCCAGUGCCAGGUGUCCUGGAGGACAGCAGUCUAGCGAUGACGAGGACGACGAUGACGAUGAAGACGAUGUUUUUGGUGCCUCUUUUUUACCUUCAGAAAGCGAUUCGGAGAGUGACAUCAUCUUUGACAAUGGUGACGAGAGCAUCGAUGAGGUGUCGCAGCUGGAGCCGAGCAAAAGGCCGACGUUGGACACCACAGAGAGUACAGACGUGGACCGCCCUCAGCUCAUCGCGCACUACUUGUACAUUCAAAUGGAAUACUGUGAAAAAAGCACUUUACGAGACACCAUAGACCACAGCCUGCACCAGGACCAGAACCGGUUGUGGAGACUUUUCCGAGAGAUACUGGACGGCCUCGCAUAUAUCCAUGAGCAGGGAAUGAUUCAUCGGGACUUGAAACCUGUCAAUAUCUUCCUCGACUCCCAGGACCAUGUGAAAAUUGGAGAUUUUGGCCUGGCUACUGACCACCCUGCUAAUGUGGCUGCAGGUAAAGUUGAAGUAGAGGAGAGCGGCUCUGUGGUGUUGUCCAAAGCCGACCCAACAGGUAACAUGACAGGAAUGGUGGGCACGGCCCUGUACGUCAGCCCAGAGGUUCAAGGAAACACCAAAGCCACGUAUAACCAAAAAGUCGACCUCUUCAGCCUGGGAAUCAUCCUCUUCGAGAUGUCCUACAGACCCAUGACCACGGGGUCCGAGCGCAUCACCGUCCUGAGCCAAUUACGCGAGGAGCCCAUCGUCUUCCCUGAGGACUUCAGUUCAUACGAACAGGGAACACAGAGAAAGGUGAUACAGUGGUUGUUGAACCACGACCCAGCCUUACGGCCCACCACGCAGGAGCUGCUGAAGAGCGAGCUGCUGCCUCCGCCUCAGAUGGAGGAGUCGGAGCUGCACGAGGUGCUGCAGCACACCAUGGCCAACGUCAACGGCAAGGCGUACCGCACCAUGGUGGGACAGCUUUUCGCCCAGAACCUCACGCCAGUGAUGGAUUACACCUACGACAUUGACCUACAUAAGGGCAGCUUCAACUUCCACGCUGCUAAAUUGCAGCAACAUGUGUACGAAACAAUCACCAGGAUUUUCAAGAAGCACGGUGCCGUGCGUCUCCAGACGCCGCUGCUCCUCCCCAGGAACAGGAAGUUGUACGACGGCAGCGAGCUGGCCUGCUUCAUGGACCACAGCGGAAUGCUGAUUACUUUGCCCUAUGACCUUCGUAUGCCGUUUGCCAGAUUCGUCGCCCGCAACAACGUAAGCCACCUGAAGAGGUACAGCAUCGAGCGCGUGUUCCGCCCCAGGAAGCUGGAUCGCGCCCACCCGCGGGAGCUCCUGGAGUGCGCCUUUGACAUCAUCACCCCCGUCACCAACAGCCUGCUCCCUGAUGCCGAGACCAUUUACACCAUCUCUGAAAUAGUCCAGGAAUUCCCCGCGCUCCAGGAAAGGAACUAUAACAUCUACCUGAACCACACCAGCCUGCUGAAGGCCGUCCUGCUCCACAGCGGAGUCCCCGAAGACAAACUGAGCCAGGUGUCCAACAUCCUGUGUGAUGCCAUGAGCGAGAAGCAGACCAAGCGUGAAGUGGAGGCAAAGUUCUGCAACCUAUCACUGUCAGCCAACAGCUUGCACACAGUGUACAAGUACAUAGAACUGAAGGGGAACCUGCAGGACCUGGUUCCACAGCUGACACCGCUCACAAAACACAAGACCGCCGUCACUCAGCUGGCCAAGCAGGGCCUCAAGGACCUGGAGGAGGUCACGGUGCACCUGUGCAGACUGGGAGUCAAGCUGCAGGUGGUGGUCAACUUGGGUUUAGUCUACAAGGUGCAGCACCACUCAGGCAUCAUCUUCCAAUUUGUAGCUUUCAUAAAGAAACGCAAGCGAACGGUACCGGAUAUUUUGGCAGCUGGAGGGCGCUAUGACCACUUGAUAAUGGAGUUCAGGGGGCCGUCCUCCACGCCCUCGGCUGUGGGGGCCAGCCUGGCUCUGGACAAAGUGUGUGCUGCUCUGUCUAACAUGGAGGAACAAGUGACCGUCAGCUCCUGUGAUGUCCUGGUGGUCCCAGUGUGUCAUUCCUCCAUGUCCAGAGCCAUCAGCGUCGUCCAGAAGCUGUGGAGCACCGGCAUCUCUGCUGACAUCGCUUACGACGUUUCACAGUCUCAGGAAACAUUGCUGGACCAUUGCAAAGUGGCUGGAAUCACCUGCAUAGUCCUGGUCUCUGACAAAGAGGGGAACUACGUGAAGGUGAAAUCUUUUGAAAGAGACAGACAGUCGGAGAAGCGGAUUCCCGAGUCGGACCUGGUGGACCACAUCUUUCAAAAGUGUCGGACCAAGUAUUUUGAAGAGCGGAACAUGAGAGAAAUCCCUGAAAGCCUGUCUCAGAACCCCAAAGGAUCGCAGCUCAACACCACAGGUUGUUCAGAGCAGCAUGGCGGCAGCGUCACCAUGAACAUGAACGUGAACCUCAUCAGCCCUGAUAAGCUUUCUGCCAAUGCUAGAAGACGCUAUGAGACGCAGAUCCAAACCAGAUUACAAAAUCUUGGUAACAACUUGCAGAACAAGAGCAACGACAUCGAGGUUCUGGCGGUGGACCUACAAAGGGAAACGCUGAUCAACUUCCUGUCUCUGGAGUUUGACAAUGAUGAGCUGUUCAACAGCAGCGUGAAGACUCUGCUGUCUCAUCUGCCCAAGCAGCGCUACCUGAAGUCCAUCUGUGACGCCAUCCAUCAGUACAAAAUCACCAAAAGGCUCGCCAUGGUGGUCUUAUACAGCUACAAGGACGACUACUACAAGAUCCUGCUGUGAAAACCUGAGCUGUUCUUUACGAACUCUGCCCGAUGCUCUUUAGGCUUCCACAGACUGCUGUCAUCCUCGGACCUACAGAAUGUUUGUUGGAAGACUGGAUCGUUGGUAUCCUGUCCACUUGGAUAAUCAUAAGCCCCAAAAAAACUUUUCUCUGUUUUAUACAUUUAUAUAUAUUGGAACCAAGCUCUUCAACUUCACCAAAAGUCUUCUAGUCUCGCAUAGACUAUAGGUAGACUGGACUUUGCCUUAACAGAAUUAUAGAAUAUUAAAAGGGCUUUUUUUCUGAGGACCAUGUGUCAAACAUACAACAGUUCCACAUUUCUUACUGUGAUCAAGGUUCAGUGUAGUAAUAAAUGAACUUUUUUUUUCCCCGUU